GAAGAGCGAAACAUGGCGACAUCAAACAAUCCGCGGAAAUUUAGCGAGAAAAUCGCUUUACAUAAUCAGAAGCAGGCAGAGGAGACCGCAGCAUUCGAGGAAGUGAUGAAAGAUUUGGGUAUUACCCGAGCAGCGAGGUUACAGUUACAGAAGACCCAGUAUUUACAGCUGGGACAAAACCGUGGGCAGUAUUAUGGCGGAUCAUUGCCAAAUGUCAAUCAGAUUGGAAAUGGCACCAUUGACAUGCCUUUUCAGACUCCCUUUCAAGGUUCAGGUGACACUAGCAGGACAACACGGCAUCAUGGAUUGGUUGACAGAGUUUACCGGGACAGAAACCGCAUCACGUCCCCACAUGGAAGGCCACUCGACAAACAUGGACGCCAAAUUGAUAGCUGUCCAUAUGGUUCAGUGUAUCUGUCACCCCCACCUGACACCAGUUGGAGGAGGACUAACUCGGACUCUGCGUUGCAUCAGAGCACUUUGAACCCACAGGACAUUUUCGCGGGAGGCUCACAGGACAUGCAGCCGAAACGAGUGCUUAUGCUUCAUGUACCAAGGCCAGAAGACACAGAAUCAGAUAUGGACAAAGAUGAACAGAAACAGAACUGGGAUGGUAAAAAGAAUGCUUCAUCAAGGUCCAAGGUCCCAGGAAUCAAUAUAUUCCCGUCUCCGGAUCAGGAUCUGACUGCGACACUGAUGCCAUCAGCCCACGACACGGGCGGUGGCUCCCUGCCUGAUCUGACCAACAUCCAGUUCCCCCCUCCGCUGCCCACCCCCCUGGACCCCGAAGACUCCACCCUCAGCACCUCCAACAGCAAGGGAAACUUGGCCCCCAGCCACUCACACAGUUUCAGUUCCACAAGCCAAGGACAGACCACCUCCCAGCAAGGCAGGCAGGACAACAUGGUCAACCAGGACUCCCACCAGCACCACUCCCUACAGCUCUCCCCCACCCUGUCGCCACCGCUCACCCUCGCCCAGGCAGAGACCAUCGAUGCCAUGACUCUGGAAGCGCAGUUGUCCCAGUAUUCGUUCUUCAGCCAGUCCUCUUCUCAGCAGCAGCAACAGACCACUCAAGGACUGACCAGGCUGGUUCAGCUCCCCUCCCCUCUGAACACCUCCUCCAUCCAGACACAGAACUCCAUGGAUAUGAACUCGGGCUCUUUCCCCCAACAGUACCGCAGUAGGGCUGGGUCUUCAGCCAAUCAGUCUCCAACCUCUCCAGUCUCCAAUCAAGGCUUCUCACCUGGAGGCUCGCCUCAACACAACUCCAUAUUGGGCAGUGUAUUUGCAGACUUCUAUGACCAGCAACUCGCAUCCAGACAGACCAGUGCUCUCUCCCAACAGCUGGAGCAGUUCAACAUGAUCGACAGCAAUAGUCUGUACGGCCAGGGCUCAACCCUCAGCUACUCCCAAGCAGCGAUGAUGGGUUUGACGGGAAGCCACGGCAACCUGCAAGACUCCCAGCAGCUGGGCUACAGUAGCCAUGGCAACAUCCCCAACAUCAUUCUCACAGCCACAGGAGAGUCUCCACCCAGAUUGUCCAAGGGGUUGUCUUCUAGCUCUCUGUCAGCUGACAUCAGCUUCGAUGCGGACUCUCAGUUUCCCCUAGACGAGCUGAAGAUCGACCCGCUGACCCUGGACGGGCUGCACAUGCUCAAUGACCCUGACAUGGUCCUCACUGACCCUGCCACUGAAGACGCCUUUCGGAUUGACCGGCUGUAGAGCUGCUGCCAAAGUCACCGACUGCGUUGGUGAAACCCGGCCUGAGGUGUUGAGGGCUUGUGUCUGAGGGGAGAGGGCUACUUUUGGGGUGUGGGAGCCCAAGGCGAGGCCCCAGCUGUGAAGUGUGUUCAUCCCACCUCCCUUCACCAGCAGCCCCUUUCUAAGAGCUAUGGGAUAGUGUGGUAGUAGGGAAAUUAGUUUGUCAAGAAAUGGUCGACACAGUUUGCUUUCUCUCUUCAGAAUGGGAAAGAUUGAUGGCAACAUUGUCAUGUCUGGUGGAUAUUGAGCUUAUGGUCCUGCUGUGACUAGUUUGUGCUUACCAUUCUUCAUCCCUUAACUUUUUCUUUUUUUUACACAUGCAUCCUGCUGGCCUUUCUGUUGGAUGCUUUGGUUUUUGUAAAGAACGAAAACAGUAGGGGCUACAACACUACAUUGGUCUUGCCUCCCAUUUGAAGACAUUAACUGAUUCAAAUCAUGUCUGCAGGGGAAACUGUUUAUCUUUCUCUCACCUGCCAUACUAGAUUAGCAUGUCUUAGCUCAUAUAAUCACUCAUCUGCUUUUCAGAACUGCCCUAUCAUGGUAAAUCUUGCCAGUCACAUUUCCGUCAGUGCCCUUAACCUCGCUGUCUAACUCACACUAGUUGUAUUUAUUGGUGCUCUGAUUUUUGCCAUGAAGUUGACCAGUAUUUUACUUUAGGUUCCCUUCCGAAAUUGUCAUUUUAAUUUCAAUCCAUCAAUUUUGUACAACAUGUUUUAGUGCUGGUCAACAUCUAAGCGGUUUACUUAGUUGAACAACUAGGAGUUAUAACCCUCCCCUUUACCUUAUGAUUUUCCAGAACAGCUGAAGUAAAGCCUAAAUUCCAGUUUAACAAACCUUGAAAAAUCGCUCCGAAUCCUAUUUGUAGAUACAAUUUUUAAAAGGAUGGCAGCCUAGCGUCACUUUGGCAAUUUAUCCAUGAAAUGACAUUUCAGCUGUAAUAUGCCACCAAUGGUAGCUGGUUUUCAGAUGCAAACAAGAUAAAAAAUUAUAUCUGAACGAAUCACUGUGAGUGAUAAGAUUCUGCCAUGUAAGAGCACAUUAUAUGGAAGACUAUUAUCUCAACUCUCCUUUAAAAAAAUGCAGGUUGUUGUGCAACUUGUUUAGACUCUUAAGUAGUGAAGUGUAAACUUAUCAAGCAUCACCGUUUCUUUUCCGAUGGCCUGAAUCACAUUGGCACUAGUGUGAGAAGAGGACCAAGUUGAGCAUAACUAAGGGAGGUUUAUCACAACUUACGUUGUUAUCCACUGCUUUUCACUUGUUACCAUUUUGCUUUUCAUAUUUGAGGUGGUACUGUAUUUCACUUGUCAGCCAAAUAGAAAUGGACAGAAAGAGCCGAGGUAUCACAUUUCUGAUGCCCUUGUAGUUGCUACUUGUGCAUUAGAUAUUUUAUUUCAAAUAAUUGCUUGAUCACUCAGUAUGGGUACAUCUCCGUUGGGUGUAGUCAACAAGGAACUCCUAUCACACAACGUCUGUCAUAGACUGCAGCGACCGCCAAUAAGGGGGAACCCCUCUCCUUUAUAAGGUGCUGUCGCUCCCUCCCGCCUCACUUUUCAUUCUUCCUUACGAUGUCGUAAUACUGCUAAUAUAGUCUUCUCAGCAUUGACUCGGACUACUGUUUCCUGCUGAACUGUUGAUAGGUGAACCCGUGUGGUUCGCUGUUGUGUAAGAAUCUAGCUUUAUUUACAUUUACAUUUAAGUCAUUUAGCAGACGCUCUUAUCCAGAGCGACUUACAAAUUGGUGCAUUCACCUUAUGACAUCCAGUGGAACAACCACUUUACAAU